CAAACGUACCAGUGCGCAACAUGUAAAUAGUCGCAUGAAACGACAGAUGAGCUUUUGCAGAUUUUUUUUACAGUAGUGCUUCGGUGAUGGCCGAUGUGUUAAUGCAUAUGUUCACAAAAUUCAUGUCACAGACGGACUCACUUAAGGACGCCAGGGCGACUCCUCCAGCACCGGCACAAUGCAGCGUCCUAUUAGUUGGAGAACAAAAUCUUGGACGUUCUGUGUUGCUUCUGGCGGCUAUUACAGCUGCCUCCCAGAUGAACAUGAGGGUGGUAUUCUUCGCCCAAACGCAAAUCCAAAGCCUACCUGUGACCUUGCAGAAAUGUGUUCCAACUCCAAGCCCGGAGAGUCUAAAGAAAAUCAAAUUCUGCUAUCCGAGGACAUUGGAGGAGUUGCUUCAGCAAGUGGCAGGUCUUCAUGAGUCCACCAACACAUUACCCUGCCCUCCAUCACUGAUCAUCGUAGACAGACUGGAGGAGUUUUUGUGUGGACCUGCAGGUGACAGCUACAGAGAGUGUCACCCCAGCGAGCAGUCAUGCGCCGCACAUCUCUCAGCGUUGUUGUGUGACUCUGCCGCUUUUCUCACUGGCCUCCUUGAGCAGCAGACAUCCAACCCUGGGCCCUGUCGCGUCAUUGCAUCUUAUACUAAGCCAAAAGAGCAAAGUGGAGAAGUGUCGGAUCAAGUUCUAAAUGCUCUUGACCGCUACUUUCAGGUACGAUGUACUCUGGACAAAGACAGAAGCUACAAAGCAACAGCAGCAGGGCUCCAGGAGUUGUGGCACAUUUACUUUUCUGGAACCGGGAUCACCUUUGACCCUUGUACCAAAGACACUGAUGUCAGGCCAAGUUCAGCACAGGAAUGGCAGCUGUUGAUGUAUCCUGGUGGUUUAAUGGAGUUUCAAUUAGCUUGAGCACUUUUGCGUCAAAUAGGGAUAAAUGAUGAAUUGUAUAUCUGAAUAUAUGUAUAUCUGAAAAUAUGCUACCAGGAAAUAAAAGCUGAAAUGUUGA